AUGAAAGCAACACACUGUUUUCCUGCCCCGCUAAGAACUCCGCUGUGCUGCGGCUGUUCGGCUCCGCUGAGGACGUCGCUCUGCUUUUCUGCCCCGCUGAGGACGUCGUUCCAACUUCCGGCUCUGCUGAGGACGUCGCUCCGCUUUCCGGCUCCGCUGACGACGUCGCUCCGCUUUCCGGCUCCGCUGACGACGUCGCUCCGCUUUCCGGCUCCUCUGAGGACGUCGCUCCGCUUUCCUGCCCCGCUGAGGACGUCGCUCCGAUUUCCUGCCCCGCUGAGGACGUCGCUCCGAUUUCCUGCCCCGCUGAGGACGUCGCUCCGAUUUCCUGCCCCGCUGAGGACGUCUCUCCGAUUUCCUGCCCCGCUGAGGACGUCUCUCCGCUUUCCUGCCCCGCUGAGGACGUCGCUGCGAUUUCCUGCCCCGCUGAGGACGUCAUUCCGAUUUCCUGCCCCGCUGAGGACGUCGCUCCGCUUUCCAGCUCCUCUGAGGACGUCGCUCCGAUUUCCUGCCCCGCUGAGGACGUCUCUCCGCUUUCCUGCCCCGCUGAGGACGUCUCUCCGCUUUCCUGCCUCUCUGAGGACGUCGCUCCGCUCUCCUGCCCUGCUGAUGACGGUUUGCCCAGAGGGCCAGUACCGCCAGAGGGAGGGAUUGUAUGUUGGCGCUCCGGGAGAAGCACCCUUGGGGGGGUACCUUUGUCUCUGCUGCCGUGUUUUUGUCUUUGGUUUGUGUUUCUUCUUUGCCACAGUGUUUUGCCUUAGAGUUAUAGUGUCUUUGUAUUUUGUUUAUUUCUUUAUUAAAUUCUUUUAAUUCUGCAUUCGCAUCCGUCUCAAUUUCGAAACGUGACACUCACUCAUAUACAAAUCCUUUUUAAAGAAUUUCUGAAAUGGUGAAAAAUGACAAAUAACAAAAUUCAAAUAUUUAUAUCCUUGGAAAAUUUGUUGAUGGCCCCAAACUGUAGAAAAAUCAGGAUUUGGAGAUUUGCACAUAUACAUUAUACAAGUGUACAAGUGUCCGCACAUACACAUACACAG